AUGCUGGCUGGCCGAGCUCUCCUGGUCCUCUGCCUGACCUGGGGCAUGUUUCAGAGCCUGGCCAUCCCCCGGACUGCAGAAUGUGGCCUCUCCUGUUCUCAGGGCUUCACCUGCAAGAACCACAUGAACCGGAACAUUUUCAACAGCUUCUGCCGGCCACCCCCCACGUCCAUGUCCAAGUCUGUCUUGGAGGCCCUGACACUCUCCACCGCCAUGAAGUGUGCCCCCCAGGAUGGCUGCUCACUACUCUUGCACGUGCAUGCCUCUGUCAAGUUGCUUGAGAGCGUGCGGGGCCUGGAGGUCUGCUCCAUGAGCCUGGACACCCAGGAGACGCAGUGUCAGAGCGUGCGGGUCUCCAGGGCCUCCCGCCUGCGGCAGGUGGGGCGGCAGCUCCAGGUACACUUCGACUGCUUUGAGGUGAGCAUGGCCCAGCACCUCUACAUCACCCUGAGGACUAUCCCCCACUUCUGCGGGGUCCAGCUGGACCAGCAGUACCACGUGGAAGACUGCAGAGACGAGGACGUGAGGAGGAACGUGCCUGAUUGCUUUGCCAGGAAGCUCAGCUACUGGGUGGACCGCAGGCGCAAGGCCAUUCUGGUGCAGGUGCCCGACGCCCCCGGGAGUCCCGACUACUACGUGCGGCUCUGCCUCAGGUGGUUCACCUGCGAGGACGCCGGCGACCCGGUGCAGGUGACCGUCAACAGCGUCUCGCAGACCGUCUCUCUGCCCUACAGCCGGGAGCUGCCGUGCCUGUGCCUGGAGGGCUGGUCUGCGACCCCGGACGCCGUGCGGACCCAGAUCUGCCCCUUUGAACAUGACACGGAGGCGCUGUGGGACGCCAUCCACUACCAGCCGGUGAGCCAGGAGCUGACGUGGGAGCCUGCCUGCCCCGUGAGCGGCCGUGUGAGCCUGUGCUGGAGCCCAGAGCCCGGGGCCCACUGCCAUGAGCUGCAGCACUCCAGCCGGCCCGCGCAUGGCAGGGUACAGUACCCGCUGGUGGACACACAGCCCCAGCUCUGCCUGAAGUUCUCCACCGGCUUGGAUGUCCAGGUGAGGUGCCCUUUCAAACAAGGGCACUUUCCAGCCUGGAAGAUGACCAUCCAGCCGGCACCCACGCAGGGCCUCCUCCGGGCCACCUUCUUCUCGCCCAGCCCUGCCCACUUCCAGGUGCGCCUGUGUCCCCAAAGGAAGUCGUGGCUCCCUGCUUGCCACCUGUUGUUCCAGGCCAGCCCCCUCCCUCCAGCCUCAGGUGAGCCCACAGCAGACCCUGAGGUUGCCUUCGUGGACAUUCCCAGGGACAGGGCCUGUGCCCCUGGUAUCUGCAUCCAGGGCUGGAGGACCGACGUGCACUUCUCUGUCCCUCAGCAGCUGUGUGACCUCCGAUGCAGGCUCCGGUUCCACCUGUCCAGUGACUUGAGAUGUCCCUCGCCCACCCAGUUCCGACUCCCAGGACCUGAGUUCACCAGGAGGAUUCUCCCAGGCUUUCAGCCAAGGCUGGACCGCACUUCCCAGCAAAGGUCAUCUCCAGCAGAACAAGCCAAAGGGGUUGUGGCCAGCCCCAAGGUUUGGCGUCUGGACCAGGACUCACCACCUGCUGGUCAGGUGACCCUGGGAGCUGGCCCCAGCCACUGCCAGAGCCCCAAUGCCAUGCUGGGGUUGGGCAGCCCAGGCAAGGCCUGGUUUGUGCUGGACGGCCUGGGGCAGCUCCCCUCAUCUCUCCCCAGCUGCCACCUGUGGGACAGCAGCCUGAGCCAGGGCCUCAUCCAGGACAAAACAUGGGGGUGGUCUCACCAGAACCCAGGCUGUGGGGUCCGGCUCUCCAAAGUCCUGCAGAUCUGCAGGGGCUCUCAGGGGUCGGGCCACAGGCCUCGGGCCUCGGGACAACUCAUGGUCACGGCCACCAUCCCUGGCCCUGAAGACGAGGCCCUGGCCUCCUGCCCCAGAUUCUGCCCAGGGCACCCCGCACUGGCUGGAGUCCACCUCUGGAUGCCGCGGGGCUGGGCCUGCACGCGGCCCCCACCUCACACAGGCCCCUGCCUCUCCCUCCACCCUCCCUUCAAGGAACUGCUGAGAACCUUGGUGCUGGGCGCCACCUGGAGCACCCGUCCCACCCGGACCCCUCGCAGAGGUCCCCGUCAGAAUCCUGGGACCACACCCAGGCCCCCGCAGCCCAACAGGCCCACUGCCUUGGCCAGUGACACCGUCCUUCCCCCAUCCCCGCCCCAGGCCACACCUGCCCAGGAGAAAAGUGCUGAGGCACUGGGCCCUGGGAUAGGACGGGGCAGCAAUCAUUCACCCAUCGAGCAAGUGCUGGGCACCCCGGGGCCCCUGGGCACUGGCCAGCACUGGGGACAAACCAUACUGACAAAGACCCAAGCAGCUGGGGACCGACCUGGGUCUACCUGA